AUGAUUCCUUGGGUUAACAAAGUCAUUGUCGUUACAAGUUGUGAAGAUAAACUUGGAUUGACUGUAAUGGAACUCCUAGCAAAAAGUGGUAUGACAGUCAUUGGUUUUGCGAAAACUGAAUUCAUAGUUAAUAAAAUAACAGAGAAAUUGAAAAUUUGCACGCCGAAUGAUCUGAAUGGAAAAAUUGUACUUUGUAAAUGUGAUAUCGCCAAUUUAAAGCAGUUAAAAUCAGCAUUCGCUAAAAUAAUAGAGACUUACGGAGGUGUAGAUGUCCUUGUAAACAAUGCACACUGUAAUAUUGACUGCUCUGCCUGUACUGGAGAGUUAUGUGACUUCAAAAAGGUAAUAGAUAUUAACAUUAACGCCCUAAUAGUUUGUAUACGGCUUGCAGCUGGUAAUAUGAUUGAAAGACAAUCCCGAGGGCAUAUCAUAAACAUUAAUAAUCUAUGCGCCUAUCAAUUACCUGAAGAUUCGAGAAAAAAUGUUUUUAUAGCCACGAAAGCAGCCGCAAAGUCUAUCAAUGAGAUAUUGAGACAUGAAUUCAGAUAUCUGAAAGCAAAUGUAAAAGUCACCAACGUAGUUUGUGGAAAUAUUGAAAGUGAAGAAAAAUAUGAUUUUGACGAAGAUAACUUAAAGUUAAAAGAUGUUGCCAAACUGGUGAAAUUGAUUUUGAACACACCAGAACACGUACAAGUACACGAGAUUCUGUUGGACUCUUGUGAAUGA